GCUCCGGCAGCUUUGACGCAUUUCCGCAGCCCGCUCCGGGUGGCUCAGAGGCGGGGGGAAUGUGGAUACAAAGAAUCGGGCGGCGGCACCUCGUUACAUCUGUAUCGGCGCGGUGAGACGCUGUGUGCGGCCGGCCCCGUCGUUCAAGUGCAUCAGGACGCGGCCGACAGGCUGCCGAGAGCCGCGCACGGCGGAGGUGGCAGCGGGGACGGGAGCGGUCGGCGGAGGCAGGGGAGACUCUCUGAGCCCACGUGUGUGUGCACGCAGCCCGGACCGGACUGGGCCGGGACCCAGCCUCUAGGCCAGCAUGCCCAAGAAGAAGCCGGGACCCAUUCAGCUGCACCCGAGUCCCGAUGGAUCCGCGAUCAACGGCACCACUUCCGCAGAGACAAAUUUGGAGGCUCUGCAGAAGAAGUUGGAGGAGCUCGAGCUUGACGAGCAGCAGCGGAAGAGGCUGGAGGCCUUCCUAACUCAGAAGCAGAAGGUCGGCGAGCUAAAGGAUGACGACUUUGAGAAGAUCUCAGAGCUGGGCGCGGGCAAUGGCGGAGUCGUCUUCAAGGUCUCCCACAAACCGUCCGGCCUAAUCAUGGCCCGGAAGCUGAUCCACCUGGAGAUCAAGCCAGCCAUUCGGAACCAGAUUAUCCGAGAGCUGCAGGUGCUCCAUGAAUGUAAUUCUCCCUAUAUCGUGGGAUUCUACGGAGCUUUCUACAGCGACGGCGAGAUUAGCAUCUGCAUGGAGCACAUGGAUGGCGGAUCAUUGGAUCAAGUGCUGAAAAAGGCAGGAAGAAUUACGGAGCAGGUCCUGGGCAAAGUGAGCAUAGCUGUUAACAAGGGACUGGCGUACCUGCGGGAGAAACACAAGAUUAUGCACCGAGACGUGAAGCCGUCGAACAUCCUGGUGAAUUCGCGUGGUGAAAUCAAGCUGUGUGACUUUGGGGUCAGUGGGCAGCUGAUCGACUCGAUGGCCAACUCGUUUGUUGGGACCAGGUCCUACAUGUCUCCGGAAAGACUCCAGGGAACACACUACUCUGUUCAGUCGGACAUCUGGAGUAUGGGGUUGUCCCUGGUGGAGAUGGCGAUCGGCCGCUACCCGAUUCCUCCGCCUGAUGCUAAAGAGCUUGAACAAAUUUUCGGCUGUCAGAUGGGCGAAGACGCGGCAUCCCCUGAGCAGAGCAGUCGACCGCCUGGGCGUCCUGGGAGCUCUUUUGGUCUGGACUGUCGACCUCCAAUGGCAAUAUUUGAACUGUUGGAUUACAUAGUGAAUGAGCCACCUCCUAAGUUGCCAUCGGGCGUCUUCAGUGACGAAUUCCAGGACUUCGUGAACAUCUGCUUGAUAAAGAAUCCUGCAGAGAGAGCGGACUUGAAACAGCUCAUGGCUCAUGCUUUUAUCAAGCGAUCAGAGGCGGAAGAAGUGGAUUUCGCAGGCUGGCUGUGCACGACGAUUGGCUUGAAGCAGCCCAGCACUCCAACGCACACUCCCGCUAUCUAAGUCAUCGCUAAACCACUGUUCUUUGUGCAGCAAACUGAUGGAUGUUUCUGCUGAUGUUACCUCAUGAAUAAUCCUUUGUCCCAUGAUAUAUUUAAAGAGAUGUAUUUACAUUUUUAAAGGAAUGAUGUCUGUUAAAAUUGUCAAAAUUUAACUUCCUUAAGUUUUAGUAUUUGCCAAUGGGAAUAGUUAGCAAGUUGGUCUUAUUUAGGGUUUAGUGCCGAUGGAAUAAGUUGAGGGUAACUGGUUAACUUUUUAAAGGGAUGGUACUAAGCUAUUAUACACCCAAUUUUGUGGAUAAUUGUGGGACACCCCUGCUGUUUACAGGGCCAUACAUAACUCGUCAUUUUAGAGUGCAUCUGCUGGUCACCAGGCGGCAGUUAGGGAAUGCUCUGGAUGCUUAUUAACGUGUACAUUACACUGCAGGUAGAGGAAUUUCUACUUCACUGACACAUUCUGUCGUCUAGGGCCUCUGCUCAUUAGUGUGACUUUAAAGUCAGUAGUUGGGUGGGUGACAGGCAUUUGCUAUCAGUUCUCUUAACAAAUAUGCUCAAUCAGCCAGACUGAUUUGUACAGAUAAUCAGCAGGCAUCCCUUGCAAGAUUGGGACCAGGUGAGGCAAUGGAGAUCAGAAAGAGGGGUAUUUGCCUAUUGUGGUUUCAACGUACAAGAAGGUGAAUACCAUUGCCAGGACUCCAGCAUUUGAGACCAAUCGGUGUACUGAAUCUCUAGCACCAUUUUAGUAGCUUUCCUGGUGUAAUUUGAUGGUUUGAUCCUCUUCCCCGAUUCUUUAGCAAGAGGAAUAAUUUCAGAUACUGUUCACUUGCUCAAGGAAAGCCUAGUUUGGAGAGAUUCUGUUUCCUCUUUCCUGAUGGCUGAAUGAGAUUGUGUAGCUCAGGAUGAAACCUAUGCCAAUUAUUGCAAGGUGUGCAGAUUUUGGGCAAAAGGGAAUGAAAUUGUACGUAACACUGUGGAUUUUCCAAACAUAGAUUUAACAUCUAUACACCAUACCACAGGCUUAAACUCCUAUUUACAUGGCCCAAAA